AUGGCGGAUGAAGAAAAUAUGUCGGUGCCAAAUGUGACGGAAUGGGCCAACGUAAGCUUCACCGACGAGCAGUAUCAGAAAUUCCCCGAAUUGGCCAAACAAAACGACACCGUCAACUACACUCAAUUCUCCAACUGGAUUCAGAAUCUACAGCAAAUAACAGGUCCUUCCUCCGAAAAGCUCCAUCACUUGGAUUCAGCAGCAUUCUUAGCGCUUGGUUUUCUGCUGCUGCUCACUCUGAUAACGAUCUGG